AUGGCUAACCCCUUCUAUGCAUCAGAGAGGCUAACAGACGCUGCACUGAGCCACUUGGAGUUGCUGCUGCAGCACAACAGCAGCAGCAGCAGCAGCAGCAGCAGCAGCAGCAGCAGCAGCAGCAGCAACUGGGGUGCUGAGGACUUUGUUCUUUGUCUGCGGGCUCUCUCCCGUCUAGGUGAGGGUUUGUUGUGUUCUGGUGUUGCUGCUCUGUCUCCUUCUUUGCUUGUCGAUGCAAUCGAAGCUCUUUGUGUAUCCUACCCAGUGCUGCAGACAUGCGUGCAGUACCAGCAGCAGCAACCCAGCAGCAGCAGCAGCAGCAGCAGCAGCAGCAGCAGCAGCAGCAGCAGCAGCAGCGGGGAUAAAGAGGAGCUCGGGGCCCACCUGAGAAAGCUGCUGCCGAACCCCUACACCCCGCGGCAGCAGCAGCAGACAGUCUAUAACACCCCCAUAUCUUAUAAACCUAGCAAGCAGAAGCAGCAGCAGCAGCUGCUGCUGCAGCAGCAGCAGCAGCAGCAACUACAGAAAAAAGAAUUCGAAGACAGAAUACGCGAUAUGCAGCAGGAAAACGACGAAGCAGAAUUCGAAGACAGAAUACGCGAUAUGCAGCAGGAAAACGACGAAGCAGAAGCCCUGGAUUCCUACGCUGCUCAGCUGGCUGCUGCAGCAGGCGCCCCCGGGUAG